UCAAGGAAUAGUAUGAGCGAUUGAAUUCAUCCCAUCGACAUUAAGUGUCCCUUCUUUUCAACAUGUCUGACCCAACUCAUCUUUUUUCUGGGAUUCCUGCAAUUUUGACUUCUUUCUGUAUUAAUGGCCGUGGAAUCAGUCAUGCCAGCUAGCUGGAUACUGAACAAUCAUUUAAGUGAAGGUCGAAAAUAAGGGUGCAUAAUUCUACUACAUAUCUAUAUAUACCACAAAGGGGCAUAUGUAUGAAAGUUAGUCAUGAUUUUCCAACAAUAAACCGCAGUAGAAACCUGAAACAAUCCACAGGAAAUGAAACUUUUGAUCUCAAUUAUUUGGGAAUGGCAUGCUAUUUUGUCGGAAAAAUAUGAAUAUUAUAGUUAAGUAAGCAAGGAUUGGGUGAAUAUUUUAGAUGAAUUCUUGAAACCCAAAAAGAAAGGAGGAGAGUUGUUACUUCAAGAGUUCCAAUCAAUCAAUGUGGGCCGUACCCACGUGACCAGUGGGUGCAUGCAUGAAAACGAAGUCAGCAGCCCCAGGCCCCCAACCUUCCUUCUUAUCCCAAGUUUCAGACACAGAACCCCUAUAAAGCCUCUCAAGUUUCAGGCUUUCGGUCCCAAUAACCACUUCCUCAAAUUUCAUGAGAUGGAUUUCUUCCAAUCCCAAGCCCGAAAACACCAACCCAAAUUCAGCAAGAAAAGGCUCACCAAAGACCAGGUAAGACUCCUGGAAACAAGCUUCGACUUGAACAACAAGCUUGAUUCCGACCGCAAGCUCCAGCUGGCCCAAGAACUCGGCAUCCCACCACGGCAAGUUGCGAUUUGGUAUCAAAACAAGCGAGCCCGGUGGAAAAAUCAGAGCCUUGAGCUCGAGUACAACGCCCUCCAGCUAAGGCUGGACGCUGCAUUGGGAGAUAAGAGGAAGCUUGAGAAAGAAGUUGAUAGGCUGAAGCAAGAGUUGCAAAAGGCCCAGGAAGUCUUACUUUCUUGCAACGUAACUUACUCUACUCUUACUUCUCUCUCAACCUCUUGUGAUGAAGAUGGCAGCUCGAGCUUACUCGGGGACUCCAAACUCGGCCUGGACAAGGAACUCUAUGCUUGUUUAAUCGGUGGCGGAGAUCAGUUUCCAAAGUCUGAUGAUAGCCAUGGUCUCUUCACUUGAUCUUAUCUUCAAGCACAGUAAGAAUAAUAUAUGUGGCAACUGUUCCCCACUCGAGGUUUCUGCGAAUGUUGAUUAGAGUUUGAACUAUGUACGGUAGCAUUACAGCAGAAUUCCAUAAAAGACCACGUUUGUAGUUUGUACAUAGAGCGUGCUAAUGAAAAUUUAUGUUUCCAUA